AUGGCUCGGACCAAGCGAGGAAGGAAAACACAUAAGAAAAUCACGCAAGUUACUACUAAGGUGGUGGAAGAUCAGCCGGAGUUAGGAGACGAUGGACCUGUGGAAAACCAGCCGGAGUUAGGAGAUGAUGGACCUGUUGAAAACCGGCCGGAGUUAGGAGAUGAUGGACCUAUGGAGGAGCAGACGGAAGUAGGAGGUGAUGGACCUUUGGCAGAUGAACUUGAUCGUGAAGAGGAGGAAGAACAUGAAGGUGAAAUUUUGUUAUCAGAACAUGAUGACUCUGCAGCUGAACCUAGACGUAAGAGACAGCGAGGUCUGACUAUGAUGAAAAACAUAGCCAAGGAUCCAAACAACAAACUGCGAGUACAGUACACUUUCACAGGUGAACCAUAUGGUUAUAGAUCAGUAAAAUUGUCUUCAUACUUAGGUCCACUGGUCCGAGAACAUGUUCCUGUGACACUUACAAGCUGGACAAAACUUAGUGAAGCUCUGAAAACACUUCUCAGGAAAUCUGUGCAGGAAAGAUUUGAACUAGAUGAAGAUUAUCAACGGAAAUCGGUGCUGAAGCAAUUGGGAUGUCUUUGGAGGUCAUCAAAAUCACGCCUUGUUACUCAAAUCCUUGAAGCGACGAAUAAUCAACAGAGGAUGAAUCUAAGACCAAAGAAUGUUUCUCCAAUAGAUUGGCGCAAGUUUGUCAAGCUCAAAACCAGUCAAGAAUUCAAGGCUGUUAGUGAUAGCUACAAGGAAAGAAGGCGUAAACAGAUUCCUCACACUUGUAGUCGCAAGGGAAUGGUUAGACUUGCAGAGGAAAUGGUUAGUCCACUCUUAACUUGUUAA